AAUAUGAUAUAAAGUUAUUGCCUUUUGCAUGGCCAUAUCAUCUUCCACAUAUUCAACUCUUCAAAUCUCUGGCUGUUCUUCUCCGAUGAAAUUCAAAAUAUCUCUAUCCUUUUAAACUAGAAACACAAGAAAAUCCUUUAACAUUCAAGAAAUGGCGAACACCCUUCUUCCUGAUCCUUCUGCAUACGCAACUAAUAAAUUUCUCUAUCUUCAUGCCAUCCCACUUUUACGCCCUUACCCAAUUCGAUUAUCUUCCCUUACUCCCUUUUCUUAUCCUUUCAUAAACCCUAUAUUUUCUUCAAAAUCUAUAAAAUCCACCCCAAAAUGCAACGCCAAAAUCCCUAAUUCUUCUAAUUCCGAAUUGGGUAUCAAAGAAAAGACUUCGAGUACAAUUGGGUUUAUUUUAGAUUCCUUAUCUAAUGCAGUAAAAGCUCUAAAGAAACCCGCGAUUGCUGCUUUGUUAGUGGGUAUUUUGUUAAUGUAUGACCCAAGUUUUGCUUCAGCAGCAUCUGGUGGUAGAAUUGGAGGUAGAUCAUUUGCUCCGAGAUCAUCAACAUCCGGGUCUCGGAGCUACUCAGUUUCGCCUUCUAGGACGGAGUUUUUGUAUUCGGCACCGUAUUUUUCUCCGUCUCCAUUUGGUGGUGGUGGCUUAUUUGUGGGGCCUGCACUUGGAGUUGCCGUUGCUGAGUUUAGUUUUCGUCUACUUGUGCUGGGUUUUGUAGCAUAUGCUAUUGUAUCUAUAGUGGUUUCUAAUAGGUCUGAAGAUGGGGUUUUGACUGCUACUGAUAAAAUUAGUGUGAUCAAGCUUCAGGUCGGCCUGUUGGGCAUGGCGAGAUCUCUUCAAAGUGAUCUUAAUCGUAUUGCUGAAAUUGCGGAUACAUCAACCCCAGAAGGUCUUAACUACGUUUUAACAGAGACAAUAUUGGCCUUGCUUCGGCACCCUGAUUAUUGCAUCUCAGCUUAUUCAUCUGUAGACAUCAAAAAGAGCACUGAGAAGGGUGAACAAAGGUUUAAUCAACUUUCUAUCGAGGAACGAGGGAAGUUUGAUGAAGAAACAUUGGUCAAUGUGAAUAACAUUAAGAGACAGAGCACAAGAAGCACAAUAACCACUGGAUACAGCAAUGAGUACAUUGUGAUUACGAUUUUGGUGGCUGCUGAAGGUGUAUAUAAACUUCCGGCCAUUAACAGUAGCAUGGAUUUGAAAGAAGCCCUACAAAAGCUUGGGUCCAUCCCUUCAAGUAAAACCAUGGCGGUGGAGAUCCUGUGGACUCCUCAAAAUGAAAACGAUACAUUGUCCGAGAGAGAAUUGCUCGAAGAUUACUCUCUUUUGAGGCCUCUAUGAGUGCUGGUUCCAAAACUUUCAUCUGUAUAUAAUUCACGACUUGUUAUAGGAGGUUAUAUAUACCGAGUGUUAAAUGAGACAUCAUGACUAUUUCCCUUUCGGGAUCCUCAAGAGCAGAAUACCCUUGUUUUGACAGUGUUUCCCUUUGUAAGUAAUACAUAAUUUCUUUGAGCAACAGGAAGCGUGAUGACCACUUUUCUUUCGACAAUGUCGGUAGCAACAGGAAGGUUGAUUACGGCUAAAAUGUGCUUGUAUGUAGAGUAAUAACAGUGUCACAAAUGUAUAGAUCAAUGGAUUUUUUCAGAGCUGAUUCAGAAAAUACAGUUGAUAGUAAAUGUUGAAUUAUCUGUAGAAGCAAA